AGAUCGAUAUUAUAAGAUUAUUUACUCACGGGUGAACGUAGCAUGUUUUUUUGAUAUAUUUUUUUAUGAGAAAGUGAGUAAAGAUGGUGCUAUUACCGCCGUGCGCUCCCGAACAGUGCGGGAAGGAUUUCCGACAUUCUCUGAAGAAGCCAAGUCCCAACUAUCCUUAUGGGCACAAGACAAAGAAACCGAGGGUGGUCCCUGCCUUCACAAUACAAGCUAUGCAAAAGAACACAAAAGUGCUUCCACCACCAAAAUGUGGAGUAUUCGAUCCGCUACCCCCUCGGCCCACCAUGUUCAGGAAGUGUUACCAGCGAGGAGAGUUUCCUGUCUGUAUCGAGUUCACUAACUUCGGCAAACGACUGGCUUGGAAGGUACCCAUAGAAAAACUGGACUUUCAUCACUAUUUACCCAUGUUCUUCGACGGGCUGGCUGAAGGUUCUUACCCAUACAACUUCAUUGUGGAGAGAGGAAUUCAUGACCUGAUCACUAAGGGGUCUUACAAGGUUCUGCCGGUGGUACCUCAACUCAUUAUACCGAUUAAAAACGCUCUAGCAACGAAGCGUCCUACGGUGUUGUGUCACGCGCUCAAAUGUAUCCAGAUGUUGGUCACUGGCUGCGAGAGAGUCGGCGAAGCCCUGGUGCCUUACUACCGACAGAUUCUACCCACACUUAACCUGUUCAAGGAUAAAAACCGUAACAUCGGUUCCGCUAUAGACCACACUACAACCCGGGGAGAAAAUGUGGCAGAUCUCAUAGAGAGCACCCUUCAGUUGCUAGAACGAUACGGAGGGCCUGAUGCAUUCAUAAACAUCAAGUACAUGAUACCGACAUACGAAUCAAGUGUCCUCAAUUGAUUUAUUAAAACUAGCUUGCACUUAUUAGCCUUUUUCAAAAAAGUACAACAAUAUUUUUUUUAAUAUCUGAAAGACGAAAAAUAUCGUUGGACUUUUUCUCGAAUCUGAUUGUUUAUUAUGCCACUACGAGUUUUAAAACUCCAUUUUUGUGACGCACUGAUUUUUAUGUAGACCCUAAAUGAUAAUUAAGUACUUAUUACUAAUUAUUAUUAUGAAGUUUUGAUAUCGUUGUUUUUUAAUGUUUAUGAAAUAUUAAUUUAAAUUGUGUGUGAUAAUAAUUAUGAUUAGGUUAUACAGUUUGCAGUUUAUUGACUGGAGAACUUAUUUCAUUUUGGCAAGGAGGUUGGUGUUUAUUUGUUUGUUUGGUUUAAAGAUUAAGAAGCGGUUUACCGCGACCAAAUGUUAAUAUGCCACCCCCAUUUCAAUUAAUGUUGAACAUUAUUUCGACAACAGCAUUUAACCAUUUUUCAAUCGUGUACGUGUUUGUAGCUUAGAAUGAAUGUUUAAUAAAAUUAAGUGUUAUAAAAAUAUACUCGCUUAUUAUAAUAUUCAUUGAAUUCUAUUGGAUUGUUAUGUUUUGCAUAAUUAUUUAUUGCAGAUUUAGCAGUAGUUAGUUUUUGUUGAAGUUUAUAUUAUGUAAUGACAUUUUUUUUUCGUUUUUGUUAUAAUAAAUUAUUCGUGAUUGAUAGUGA